AUGACGUCUGCUCACCUCUUCCAGUAUGCCUUCAUGGCGGGCGCAUCUUUCUCACCGAAUGAGCGCGCCCAGCUCUCCAGCUCCCUCCCUCUUCUUAGCGUACAGACAAAGCGCAAGGACCUGGUGCUCUGGGGCAAGAUCUUUGGGUGUAAGGCAGACUACAUUAUCGUGGAGGCCUUCGAUGAUGACGCGGUGGUGGAGCCGGAGCUAUACUACACACUCGACGAAGGGCACACCUUCAGCCUGCUCGGCACCUUCUCCUCGGUGUUCGCCAUGUGCCCAAGCUACAGCACCAGCAGCGGGUUGCAACAGGAGGAGUGGAAGCAGUUCAUGUUGCUCGGCAUGCGUGGCCCCUUCAUCGGGGACCCUGCAUACGAGUACCGCGUGAGCAACCCCAGUGCCAGCCAUGAUGCACCGGAGAUUCAGAGCGUGAAGGAGUCGGUGCGGCUGGCCCUCUUCAUCGAGGAGUAUGACCACGAGUGCCGAGUGGUGCCACGUGGGGCGUACAUCAAAGCGGAGCGUCAGUCGACGGCAGCGAUUGCGCCCACCGCUGGGGUUGACAUUGACGCAGGCGAGCGGGCUGAGGUUCGACGCAAUGCUGCGUUUAGCGGACUUCCACGCACAGCGGAGGGAGCACUGUCGCUGUGCAACUACUACCACCUGCGCGCCGUGAACCCGUACCGGCGCCUGUUAGCGCGCAGCCGGAAUUCCCUCUUCACCAAGUCCGCCCUCGAGCAGCUAAGUGAACAUCCCCUCCUCGAUGGCCCCUUCGAGUCCCUGGCAGAGGACGUGCCUUCGGGGACGUGGCAGCUGCGCUACGAC